AUGUUGAACCCUUACGACUCCAGAUACGACGACGUCGGCUCCUACCGUCAACGUCGAAGUGAUCUAACGGGGCCACCGCCUCCGGCAGCGCGGCCUGUGAUGGGUGGGCCACCUCAGAGCUUUGGCCGUGGUAGACCGGCUCCAUUUGGGGGUCCUCCAGUGGGGACCCCACCUGUGGUGGGUGGUGGAAGAGAGCACGGAGGUGGUGUUGGAUCUGUUCCUGGUGGUAGAGGAUUUGGUGGGUACCCGCCUUUUGAGCCUGAGGUUGGAAGAGGUUUUGAUAUUGGCAGAGGAGGAGGAGGAAGAGAAAGAGGGUUUAGUGGCGGUAGAGGUGCUGGUGGCAGAAUGGCUAAUGGUGGUAUUGUGGAUCGGAGAAGUGGUAGUUAUCAGGGCAGUGGUGGUGGAAGGGGUCGUGAAAUUGGGAGAGGUGGCAGUACGGGGAGGGGAUUCGAUGCUAGUCGUGGUGGAGGUAGAACCGGUGUUGGGGGUAGGGGUUUUGAUGGAAAUUGGAGUGGUGGUAAGAACUUUGAUGGAGGCCGUGCUGGUAAUAGGAGUUUUGACGCAGGCCGAGGUGGGGUUAGUGGUUUUAGCAGUGGGCGUGGUGGUGGAGGAAGGGGUUUUAAUGGAGGCCGUGGCAGUGGCGGCAAAGGAGAUGUUGCUCUUUAUCGUGCAAGACGAGAGAUCACCACCGAAGGCCAUGAUGUCCCAAAGCCCAUUCGGAUGUUCCAAGAAGCAAAUUUUCCUGAUUUUUGCCUUGCGGUCAUUGCCGGAUUGGGUUUUGUUGAGCCAACACCAAUCCAAUCUCAAGGGUGGCCGAUGGCUUUAAAGGGUAGGGACGUAAUUGGCAUUGCUGAGACUGGUUCUGGAAAGACGCUGGCUUAUUUGCUUCCUGCUUUGAUUCAUGUCAGUGCACAGCCUCGUCUGCGUAAGUAUUGUUUUACAGUUCUGUAUGGAUUGCCAUCGUUUUUAUCUUCAAGUAGUCUUAUAAGUUGUCUCCUUAUUGUUAAUAAUACAGUACAAGGUGAAGGUCCUAUUGUGCUAGUAUUGGCACCUACCAGAGAAUUGGCAGUUCAGAUUCAAGAAGAAACUCUGAAAUUUGGAUCUCGUGCGAAUAUAAGGAGUACUUGCAUUUAUGGCGGUGCCCCAAAAGGACCACAGAUUCGUGAUCUUCAAAGAGGUGUUGAAAUUGUUAUAGCUACUCCUGGGCGAUUGAUAGAUAUGUUGGAAGCUCAGCGCACAAACUUGAAAAGAGUGACUUAUCUUGUGUUGGAUGAGGCUGAUCGAAUGUUGGAUAUGGGGUUUGAGCCUCAAAUCCGCAAAAUUGUUGCCCAAAUCCGACCAGAUAGACAGACAUUGUACUGGAGUGCCACAUGGCCAAGAGAGGUGGAGACUCUAGCUAGGCAGUUUUUGCGCAAUCCAUAUAAGGUACUCAUUGGGUCCCCUGAUCUGAAAGCAAACCAGUCUAUAAACCAAAUUGUUGAAAUAAUGACAGAGGUGGAGAAGUACAACAGGUUGAUCAGACUUCUCAAAGAACUGAUGGAUGGAAGCCGGAUUUUAAUAUUUUUGGAGACAAAAAAGGGAUGCGAUCAAGUCACAACACAGCUGAGAAUGGAUGGGUGGCCAGCUUUAUCCAUCCAUGGUGAUAAAAGCCAAGAUGAAAGGGAUUGGGUCCUGGCUGAGUUUAAAAGUGGCAGGAGUUCUAUAAUGACUGCCACUGAUGUUGCGGCACGUGGUCUUGAUGUGAAGGAUAUAAAAUGCGUGAUCAAUUAUGAUUUUCCAUCAAGUCUUGAGGAUUAUGUCCAUAGGAUUGGCCGAACUGGUCGUGCAGGAGCUAAGGGAACUGCCUUCACGUUUUUCACCCAUGCAAAUGCUAAGUAUGCUAGAGCUCUCAUUAAAAUUCUGCAAGAAGCAGGGCAAAUUGUUCCUCCUGCAUUGUCUGCGUUGGCCCGGUCAAGUGGUUAUGGCCUUGGAGCUUCUGGGGGCAACUUCCGCUCCAGAGGAAGGGGAGGUUUUGGCAACAGGUCGAUUUCAGGAUCUAACACUGUUCCUCUUGGUGGAAGGAGGCCUUGGUAG